CGUUAUCACGCACGUACUACGUGUCUCCGAUAUCAGAUCGUGAGCAAGCGGGAAGCCGACACAUCGAAAAUUUGAUCGAUAUUUUUGACCGAACAAAUUUCACUAAAGUUCUAAGAUGGAAGAGACCAAAAUCUCCACGAUUAUUCCGAAGACACCGGGGAAAAGAAACACCCCAACCAGGUCUCAGGUCUGGCAGUAUAUUACCUGCGAUAUAGAUGCGAAAGUUGCUCGAUGUAAUAUUUGCAACAAAACAAUGAAGUACACAGGCGGCACUACAAACUUGCGUUAUCAUCUGACUGCGUCCCAUCAAAUGCAAGAAUUUGAGGUUAGUGGGCCAUCUGCGAGAGUUUACAAAGAAGGGGGAGAAUGGAAGACAGGAAGAAGGGUUCGUACAAUCAAGUCUGGUCCAACAUUCCGUGUGAGCGUAGGUGGAUCCCCAUCAAGCAAAAGCUCUUCACGCGGGCACAAUGUAGCACUGCAGUCCACCUCAGCAUCCAGCACCAUAGCGAAAAUUACCUGUGGCCCAGAGAGAUCCAAAUUUAUCCACUCGCAUGUUGUGAUGCUCCUGGCUCAGAGCCUUCUACCAGUGAGCAUGGUUGAAGACGAAGGGUUCAUCCGGUUUAUCCAAGAGAUGGAACCUGAUUAUCCCAUGCUUGGCAAAAAGGUAGCACAGUCAAUGUUGAUGGGAAAAUAUGAAGAGGCACAGGAGAAGCUGAAGAUCUGCCUCAACAAGGAUGCCAAAAACUUUGGUCUCGUGUACGAGAUAUGGACUGGUCAUGACAAGAACAAUUACCUUACUGUCACUAUCCACUACCUGACACAUCAGUGGAAUCGGGAGUCUUGGGUGCUGGGAACAGACAGGGUUUCCACCAAGCCCUCCACCACAGAGAUAAACAUGUGCAUCCGUAACUUGAUCAGUCAAUACCAACUCUCCCUGGAGAGCAUAACCGCUGUGGUCAACCGGCAAGGGAUACUCAAGGUUACACAAAUCAACAAGGUUGGGGAAGCUCUGCUCUGUGACAGCAUGAGCUGUGCAACGGAGAAGCUGGAGCAUUGUGUCUCGAUGGCAUUGCUGUUGCCUAGUGUGAAGGUAGUAUUGGAGGGUGCAGCCAAGAUGAUCAACUAUUUCUUGCAUAAUGAGGAACCCAAUGAGAAGCUGAAUAAGGCAAAAGCAGAGAGCAAACUGAACAUAGAGCUACAAGACUACAACAAGUCAUCAUGGUUGGGCAUUGCAGAUAUGCUACAGAAGGUCCUUGCUUUGCAAGACGAGAUUGAAUCUGUGAAAGCCCAGGAUGAGAAGAACCAGCUGAUGUACCUCAAUGAUUGGGAGGGUGUCGCUCAGUUGGUCCAUUCACUUCAAAUCUUGAAGGCAGCCUUGACAGUCUUGGGUGAUCAGAAGAGUGGUUCCGUUGCCUGUGUCUUGCCAGUGGUUCACAGCAUGCUGCAGCAUUGUGAGGGUCGAGAAGAUGAUGGCUCUAUGCUUUCUGAAUUUCUCACAGUAAUUGCCAAGGAGGUUCGGGAGAAAUGGGAUUUAAAUGCCAUCAUGCCUUCUUCAGUCACAAUGCUUUCGGCACUCCUAGACCCACGUUUUAAGCAACUCAAGUUCAUUGCAGAUGAUGAUAAAUUGGAUGUCAUCGAUGCACUCAAGCAGCUGGUAGUGGCAAAUGCCACUGCAAAUCAUGACUCUGAGGACUCUGCUACCAACAGUGUCUCACCAUUUUUGUGUCUGUUCGGUGAAGAUGAGUUCAACAGCAAGCCAGAGACUACUGAUGCAGAGGUCACAACUUACCUGUCCUAUCCACCCCUUUCAAGAGACAUGUGCCCAUUGGACUGGUGGAGAAUGAACCAGGGUAAAUUUCCUGAGCUGUCGAAAAUUGCACGAUGUUAUCUUGCCGUACCUGCUGUUAUCCAGUCUGGGAGUGAUAUCGUAACAGGAACAUCCAAGAUGGAUAUGAAAAGGGCCCUUCUGGAUGUGGACACUGCUGGGCCAAUCAUCUUCUUAAACAAGAAUUGGUCCAUCCUUUCAUAGGCCAACUGCUUAGGACAUAGAAAGGGCACUUUCUGCGUAAACAGACACUGCUGGAUCACAUAUCUACUUGAACAAUAAAUGGUUCAUUUCACCAAAUAAUGAAAACAUACAGACACUGCUGGGUCACUCAUCACUCUGAAACAAGAACCA